GAGGGCUUGGUAGUGAAGCUGCCACUACGCUCGGCAUCUUCUCGCUGACACACACCCACACACCCACAAGGAUCCUCGCAUCCUUCACUACUUUGUCUUUACAGCCAAGCGAGCCUGAUUUUGGUUCUUUUUUUCUUCAUAUCUCCAUCUGAUUUAUUCAAUUCCUCCUCUCUCUUUCUUUCUCUGUAUGUCUCUAGCAGCUCUUUGUUUCUUCCAGACGUUUCACAUAGGAUCGUGAAGUAGCAAAAAAAAAAAAAAAACACAGAAAGCAAGACAGAAGCUUCAGGGGUGUCGAAGCCGAACGCAAGGGAGGAUGUGGUUUCUGAAGCACGACCUGGUCUUUUUCUCCUCCAUCCAGAACUCUCUGCUCUGCCUGUCCCUAAUUGCCACCGCAGCGAGCACGGAUGUUCCCAAGAAGAAUCCAUUCUCAUGGAAAGCAGGCACAUGGGGCGAGUGCAUAUCUUCAGAGUGUGGCUCUGCAGGCCUGCAGGUUCGCCCUGUGUGGUGUGUUCACUCUGAGGGCUGGAGCACCCACCAAUCCAACUGUCACCUCUGGAAGCGUCCUGCCCUCCAGCGCACAUGUGCGAGGGUGUGUGAGUGGCAGCGCCAGCUGUUUGAAUGGCAACCAUCUGCCUGGGGUCCUUGUUCUCCAGCUCCUUCUCUGGCGUCUGAGCAGUGUGUGACGGCGCAGCGAGGCCUGCAGAGGCGCACCGCAACCUGUGUACUUCGUUUGAAUGGCACCGAUGUGAGCUCGCACGUGUGCCAAGCCUUUUCUCCGACGCCCGAGCUUGAGAGGGCGUGUCUGCUGCCCUGCCCGCUUGACUGCGUCGUUUCGACAUUUUCUCAUUGGUCACCUUGCAGCCGUACCUGCGCUCCUGCUCUACAGCACCGUACACGACAGGUGUUGGCCCCUCCUCUUUACGGUGGAGACGCAUGUCCGAGCCUCACACAGGUUCGUCCCUGCAGCCAGAACACCGCCCAGUGUCCCUACGAGCAACACAAACACAGCUACAGCUUGUGGGCAGGACCUUGGAGUCCUUGCAGACGCAAAGGCGCAAUGCCCAGUGGAAGGACCAUGGUGGACUUCAGUAAUAAUCCGAGUAGACAUAUAGUGCUCAAGUCAUCACACACGAUCAUGGGGAAUAUCCACUCACAGCAUCAUCACCAUGACCACCACAGAGGCCUCAAGCCGUCGUGGGAAAUUCACAUCGGCUACCAGACGCACCAGGUUCGUUGCACGAAAAGCGAUGGCAAGAACGCCUUGCUGAGUCUCUGCGACCAUGCCGGCACCCCUGUAAACUUCCGCUCGUGCGUGAUGCCCAGAGAUUGUGACGUUUCCGCUUGGUCAGAAUGGAGCCCUUGCUCCAAAACCUGUAGGUCAACAGACCAAUCCCCGGGCUUCCGGAGCAGGAAGCGCAGUGUGCGGACGGUUCCUAUUGCUGGAGGAGAAGAAUGUCCUGCUUUAGAAGAAGUCGAGACUUGUAACACACUGGAAGAUCUACUUCCACAUUGUCCAAGGUACGACUGGAAGGUAACAAACUGGGGUUCGUGCCAGGUGAAACUGCUGAUCAGUCAGCAAGAUCAUCGCCACGGUAACAGCAGCUUUCUAUGCGGGGGUGGGAUCCAGACCCGCGAGGCCUACUGCGUGAGGAUAUUUGACAACGCGACAAAAUCCCACGUAUGCAGACCUGUUGGGCAGAACUUGUGCUCCAAUCUUCCUCCUCCAUCGCUGAUCCAGUUUUGCUCCAUUCCCUGUUCGAAACCUUGCCAUCUCUCUUCUUGGUCACCUUGGGGACCUUGUAUCCAUGACAACACUAUAGAACAUCCAGGAACGAAAGGUUUCAAGUUCAGGAUGCGCUUUAUUGUCGAGGAGCCCUGGGGGGAGUCCGAAAGCUGCCCUCACGUUAGUGAAGCAAUGACCUGUGAUCACCCCGUGAGCUUCCUGUGGCGCGUGACAUCACAAGGUCCCUGCUUGCCUCAUGACAGAGCUUGUGGCCGUGGAGUCCAAGAGCAGACAGUGGAGUGUGUUACUGUGACAGGAGACACCGUUCCCAUUGAGCAGUGUCCAGGGGAUCGACCACCAGUCCGGGAGCCAUGCCAGAUGCCUUGCCCUGAUGAUUGCGUGCUGGGCGAGUGGAGCUCCUGGUCCUCGUGUUCCCACUGCUGUUCCGGCAAACAAGCGCAGGGCAAACAAACGCGUUCCCGGCUCAUCCUCGCUCCUCCCGGAGAGCAGGGAAAAGGAUGUUUGCCUGCACCUGUGCUGGAGCAAUGGAGAGCCUGUGGCACCCAGGCAUACACAGUAAACUACUGGGACACUUCUCCAUGGGGUCCCUGCACGCCAGACUCAGGAACAGACAGGAACAGCACAGAGCAAGAAGAAACGGAGGAGAAGGCUUGUGGCACCGGGAUACAGACUCGCCGUGUGGCCUGCAGGAGAGCCAAUGGUGGUGGUGGGGUGGAGUCCAACAGCUGUCCCGAAUCGACCCGGCCAGACCCGUGGCGUUCCUGUGUUCUCCCCUGCAAGGUGGACUGCAUCGUCACGCCUUUCAGCAAAUGGAGUCCGUGUCCGACCUCCUGCUCACCAACAAAUUCCUCCGUUAGCACCCAGUCCCGACAUCGGAUCAUCAUUCAGAGGCCAGACAAUGGUGGUCAAGAAUGUCCGGCUACAUUGUACGAGGAGAGAGAAUGUGACCCUCGGCCUUUGUGUCCAACAUACAGGUGGCAGACACACCGCUGGCAUCAAUGCAUUCUGGUCCCUGAUUCAGUGAGACAGGCAGCUGGUAGCCCUAGUGAAACCUGUGGGCUCGGGCUGCAGACCAGAGCAGUGACGUGUGUCAGGGCGGACGAUGCUCCUGCAGAUAUGGCAGAGUGUGUGCGCUGGGCAGGGCCCAUGCCCGAUGCAGUGCAGCAGUGUGGGGUGGCGUGCAAAGACGACUGCAUCUUCAGCUCCUGGAGUAAAUUCUCACAGUGCGACGGCUGUGGAGGCUCACGCACUCGCACUCGUUCACUCAUAGGCCGUAGUAAGAAAUGGUGGCGCUGUCAGCAGGAGACGCUGGUGGAGAAAGAAGCAUGUCCCUGCUCUAACUAUCAUAUACAAGGCCAUGGACCAUGGUCUCCAUGCAUUCUGCCUGAGCUCCACCAACAUGCCGGAUAUCUGUUUACUAAGAGGGGAUCACAUCUGGUUCAAGGAAUCACCCGAACCUGGCGUAUACACGGAGAGGGCAAGGAGUGUGGGCACGGGUGGCGCUAUAGAGCCCUGGCAUGCCUGGACCAUCACGAGCGUCUGGUUAAUCCGGCUCUUUGCAACAGCAGCGGUGUUGAAGAGGAAAAAUGCGCAGUGCCCUGUCCUCUCAACUGCAGACUGAGCGAGUGGUCUGCGUGGUCGUCGUGCAGCGCCCCCUGUGGCGGAGGAGUGAAAGUGCGAGCACGAUGGUUACGAGAGAAACCGUUUAACGGAGGACGACCCUGUCCAAAACUGAAUGUCAAAAAUCAGGCUCAGGUGUCUGAGGUUGUGCCUUGUUACUCCGAGUGCAAUCAGUACAUAUGGGAAGCUGAACCGUGGUCCAUGUGUGUCGUGGGGAUCACGAGCCCAACCCGGCCGUCGUGUGGGGAGGGCGUCCAGACCCGUAAAAUCAGGUGCGUGAGGAAGGAAGAGGACAGGCGCAGCGGCAUGAACGACACUUUGUGUAGCCGGGAUGAUCGGCCAAUCGCAGUUCAAUCCUGCCUCGUUCCCUGCCCUGGACAAUGUGUCACGUCAGAAUGGAGCUCGUGGAGCGAAUGCUCUAUGGGAUGCAAUGAGAAGGAAUUAAGAUGGAGGAGUAAAACAAUAGUAAGGAUGCCAGGAAAAGGACACACCUGCCCCGAGCUGAAUCAGACCCAGACCUGUGCCAACACUUCCUGUCUCUCGUACUCCUACGCUUAUUCAGACUGGAGCAGCUGUCGUCUCAGUGACAACGCAGUGUGUGGCCAAGGAACGAAGACGCGCUUGCUGAACUGCGUCGACAGCGACGGGAAGCUCGUUGAACUCGGCAUGUGUAAAGAGUGGGGACCUUCACGAGGAAAGCUGUCCGCUCCGUGUGAAGUGAGCUGCCCUGUCGACUGUCUGCUCUCCGACUGGUCGCUCUGGUCCCAGUGCUCACACACCUGUGGAGCGCAAAGCCAGAUGACACGCUCCAGAUUAGUCCUACAUCAGGCAGGGGAAGGUGGAAGGCCUUGUCCUUCUCAACUCUCUCAAACCAAACCAUGUCCCAUUAGACCCUGCUACAGCUGGACACUGGGAGACUGGAACUCUUGCAAAGUGGAGGGUGCGGAGUGUGGUGACGGGAUGAGGGAGAGGAAUGUGUCUUGUGUGGUGCACUGGGGUUCCCUCUCCGCUCCUCCUUUUCCCAAAGCAGUAACUGAGGAGCAGUGUGUGGAGAACGGACUACACAAAGCCACCGAGGCAGAGCGCCGGCAUCUCUGUUACGUCCCCUGCCCAGGAGAUUGUCACUUGACCGAUUGGUCACCGUGGAGUGUGUGCCAGCUGCUGUGUCUGGACGGACGGAGCUUCGAGACGUGGGGGCACCAGGCUCGAUCCAGAGCGGUGAUCAUCCAGGUCCCUGAGAACAAGGCUUCCUGCCCGAGCCAGGUCUACGAAACACGACCGUGCCAACGAGGAACCUGUCUGAGCUAUGAAUGGGUCACGGGAGAAUGGAGAGAGAAUCAGAGGGCGGUGUGGUGUCGGCGCUCUGAUGGGGUUAACGUCACUGGGGGCUGUUUUGCUCAAACUAAACCCUCCGGUGUGCAUCAAUGCAGUCCACCGUGUACCAAGCCCUUCUCCUACUGUACACAGAGUGAGACGUGCGGCUGUGAGAAGGGCUUCACCGAGGUCAUGACCUCGAACGGCUUCUUGGAUUACUGUACGAAAAGCCCAGGGACGGACAACAAGAAAGCGAAUGUGAAGAGAAGCGGAGGGCGUCUGAGACGAACGCACCAACAGAACGAGAGCAGAGCCUGGACUCUGCAGCCUCUCGGUCCAGAUGGGCGGGUCAGGCUGUGGGUGUACGGACUUAUGGCAGGCGGAUUCAUCAUGAUCCUUCUCAUCAUUGCGAUGUCCUUUCUACUGUGCAAAAACCCUAAGGAUGAUCCAAACUCCUGCAAGACCCAACGGGCAGUAUCACUGGCCUACGAUGGAGAUGCAGACAUGUGACUCUUCUGUUCUCGACAAACUCCAGCUUAUGCAACUCAGAGACCUCCUGAGACAGCAAAAGCAAAGUCAUUCCAGCUGCAAGAACUGUGCUGUUUCAAACAAAGCCCUGUGCCUCUACAUGUAGUGUGUGUGUGUGUGUGUGUGUGUGUGUGUGUGUGUGUGUUUUACAGAAAUCUACAGUGGGCAAAACAACAGCUGGAGAAUGACCAAAAUGAAAAAUUGACUUUUGUUUUGAAUGUUUUUGUCAGAACAGAGACAUUUUACGCACUAUGUUAGUGCAGAAUUGAGUGUUUUGUUGUCUAUAUUGUAAACUUACUUGUUGGUGUUGUGGUUUUUUUUAUUAUUGUUAAUUUGGAUUAAGAAUUCUGGCUGAUCAAUCUUCUUGGCGCUUGAUCGCUAUUUUUGUGAUAUGUUUCACAAAACGUUCCAUAGGAAUUAACGGGAAUACAUUUGAUUAAACUGGGAAUUUACCAAAAUUACAGGUCUAUACCAGAGAACUUAAGUGUAGUUGGAAAAAAAAUAAUCUUGCAGGAUACGUUUUGGUUAAAACAAGCGGAUUUAUUGCAAUUUCUACCUGCGAAUUCAUCAAUCCCACUGAGGCCACGCCCCCUACAUAUCAUUUCUUGAAUUCUGCACAGGAAAUAAUGUAAAAAAAAAAUUCUCCAUCUUGAUGACUAUUCACCUAAAUGACAUAAAUAUUACAUACAU